CGACUAUGAGAGAGAAGUACAGAAAAGGGAUGGAGUUGUAAAAAAUACAAGAAACAAGUUAAAGAACAUGCAACAAGGUGAGAUGAAGGAUACAAUAGAAGCAUUGUUAGGCCAGUAUGAUCAGGAAGUAACAGAGAAUACCAUUGGUGCAAUUAAUGAGAGAGAUGACCUUUUGUACCAAUUAGCUGAUUGGUUUUCAGCAGAUCAUUCAGAGCUGGAAGAACUUGAUGUGUCCAUGAAUAAGGAGGAAGAAAAUGAACUAGAUAAAAGUUUCAAUGCCACCAUCAUUACUUUUGAGAAAAUGAAACGUGUACAGAGACAUCUCAAGAUGGGUAACUUAGAUCCUAAGAAACUCCUGGCUUUAGAGAAGGAGAAAAAGAAAUUAGAAAUGGACAUGGUUAGCAAUGUCAAGGUCAUGCAACAUGUUAGUGUCCAGGCUAGUCCUGGUGGAGGGGAUACAGAUCCAGUUCCAUGGAAAAAUGCUGCUGACCAAAUUGUGUCCAUGUUAAAUCAAGUACGCUUGGAAGGAAAUGAAGAGUUGAUGCAUCUUGGAGGACAUCUGAAAGAACUGAUGAAAAAUUUAGAAAAGCAGCAAAAGCAGGUUAAAAGUCUGCAAGCAGAUAUAAAAAGAGAUAAAAAGGUUACAGCUCAGUUAUCAGAUGAAAAUACAGAACUAAACAUGAAUUUACGAGAACUUCAAGAAAAAGUUGUUCGAUUAAAAAGUGACCUUGAUAAAGCUAAUAAGGCAUUAAAGAAGCAGUCAACUGUAGAAAAAAGUAAGCCUGCUGCAGUGCUUGCCCCACCUACAUUAAUGGUCAAGAAAUCAGCAGUGAUGGUCCAAGGAAUAAAGGAUGUUGUCAAACCAGCUACUAAAGCAGACAAAUCUGAUUCAACUGAUAAAGGGAGAAAACUCAAGCUGACUUUAUCAGGUGUCAUAGCAGAGUUCCUUGAUGGAGAUGUACCUGUGCAUGAAACGAGCAGUGAUGCGACCUUGUUAAGGUCAUGUAUCAGGGAUCAAAGAGAGGCUCUUAAGAUUCUGGCACAGGAAGUGAAAAGGCUGCAAAAUCAAGAGAUAAACUCAGAAGAUUCCCUGAAAGAACAGACCAGCCAGGUUGUAACACUCAAAGAUGAAAAUGAUGUUUUGACAGACAAGAUUGCUGAUAUUGAGUUAGAACUGGAGAAAUAUGCUUGUAGAAGUUUAGAACCUAUUCAGGUGAAAUGUCCAAGAUGUAAACAAUCAGAAAAUAGCCCUGUGACACCUGUAGUGUCUGUUGACAGCAAUAAAGAGGAAGAAAUAAAUAGGUUAAAAAGCAGGUUGACCUACUUCCAGAAAAGUCUAGCUGAUACAGAACUUAAGCUCAGUGAGGCGUAUAAAGAGAUCUCCGAGUUAAGGUUACAGCUGGCAUAUGAACCACAGAAGAAGCCAUCCGUUCCCCCUCCAACACCCACUGAUAAAGUAAAGGAAGAGGAAGAGAAGGCAGAGGAAGAGUCUGAGCCAGAGGAAGAAGUUCAAGAAGUAGUUGAGGUUGAGAGUGUAAAACACAGAGGCUUCAAACAAAGAAAACCUAUAAAAAUACCUCCUCAUAAGAAAAAAGUAUUUAAACUGCCACCAUUACCCAAUGGAAAUAUUAUCACUACAUUGCAAAUGGAGGAAGAUUUACCCUAUGAAUUAGAUAUGCCUGAGGCAACCUCUGUGAGGGAAGAGAAAUUAUGGAAACUUGGGGAUCUACAGGGGCGUAUGAGUCAGUUGAUGCAGGAACUUCUAGAAUUCAUCAAGCAUGUAGCAGACAUGAUAUUUAUAGAUCAGAACGCUACACCUGUAGAUGCCAGAUUUACAGCCAUGCAACCAUUUGCUUUUGACAAGAAAGAAGUAAAAAGGACAAAAACAGACGAUACAAAGGGUGUAGAAGGAAGACAGAAAAGAAGUCAGGCAUUCUUCUUGGGACAGAAAGCUAUUGGUUGUCUAAAGGAUGCAUACGACCUACUGUCCGGAUCACUAACCUUACAACAUGAAGAUUAUGAACUGAUUUACAGAGCCUUCAAAAACUACCAGUACCAGAGAUCCAUCAGGCAAGCUGUCAUGGCUGGAAAGCUACCUCUAUCUGCCCUGCACAUGGCUAAAAAUGGACCAAUACCUGAUCUGAAAGCUACUUAUGCUGCACUACAACAAAGUCUCAAGUCACAGAAACCACUCACAAGCUUAACUGAGGGAGGUGUGUGGAAAGCUGCUUCAACAACAAGUUUGACAUCAAACACAUCAGAGGGUCACAAAGCAGCCCUGAACAAUGCUGUAAUGGUGCUAGGAAUCCAUAGGUCUAAAUCUGAAGUAGAUGUACAUAGUGUUCAGUCUGAUGUCUCACAUACCUCUAGUCAUUAUAUGCCAAGGGAGAAUUCCCAAAUUUUGCUGUCUGCCAAUAACAGUGAAAUACUAAGAGAACGUCGGACAGCUGGUCUUAAUCGUGAGGAAACAAGAAUACCAACAACCAAAUUACCAAAGAAAGGACUUAUCAAGUUAACAUCACUAGAUUAUGAAAUGCAAGAUCCAACAUAUUAUGACAAAUAUAAAGAUGAUUUGGAUGAGGAUAGUUGGAUAAGAAAGAAGCCCCUAGGUCACAUUUCUGAACCACACAAACCAUUAGUUAAGAAGACAAUGAUAGAACACAUGAAGGAAGGAAAGAGAAUGUUAGAAGAGCAAGAAAAACUUCAUCAGGAACAGGAGGAGAUAGAAAAACAACUGGGGGAAUAUACUAUUGCUGAUCUACACAAAAAUCUAGAGGAUGUCACAACAGAGCUUGUUAAAAAGAAAUCGGAGGAGAUAGUAAAAUCAGUAGCUAAACCAUUUAAUAAACAUGUGACACAGAGAAAACAAAGACAACAACCAGUAGAAAGGAGCGUCACGUUGCCAAGUAUCAAAGAUUUCUCAUUUGGAUGAAGGACACAAGACAAGAAAUAAUUGUUUUUAUUGUUUAAUCAAUUAAAUCAAGUGCAAUUUACUCUUGCGUAGAACAAAGUGACAUGUUAAGUAAUUGCCCUUUUUCAAGGAUGAGCAUAUAUAUUGUUACGAUAUAUGGUUUAAACUUCAUUCAGAGUUUUGAAUACUAGCCUUCUAUGUACUUUUUGCUUAGUUUCAUGAAAUUUCAGGCUAGUAACUAAAUCAUAUCAUUUUUGUUAUCACUGUGCCCUUGAUAUAACAAGGGCAUUUAAAGAUUUCAGCCAAGUCUAAAUUUUAUUGACAGAACAAACUUGGUGCAUUUGAAUUUUGUUAUUUAUUAUCAUUAAUUUAUUGUUGAUUUAUCAAAUAUGUACAACAAUAAAAAUGCUGUUUGUUA